CCAUUGAAUAGAAAUUUUUGCCCUAGAAGUAUUUGCUACACAGGAUAUUUUAAUAUCAUUCUGAUUCGUGCAAAGUCAACCUACGCAUCAAAUUUAAAAAAAAAAAUGGAAGAUAAAAAAUUUUUAAGAAAAGAAAGUGAUUGGCCCGUUGUUUUGUUAUAUUUAUAUUUGCAUUUUUCAAUCGUUCUUUGUCCCUUUUUAUUAGAUGAAGCGAUGAUUUCUACUUAUCUUUUCGGGGCCUUAUUAACGUUUUUAGGAUUACUAGGCACAACUGUAGGCGCCCACAGAUUAUGGGCUCAUAAAACGUUCGUUGCAAACAAAAAAUUUAAAAUUUUCCUCAUGAUUUGUCACACAAUAAGUGGACAAGGAACCAUUUAUAACUGGGUUUUACAACAUCGCCUUCACCACAAAUAUUUCAACACCCAUUUAGAUCCUUUUAAUAACACUAAAAGUUUUUUACAUCUUCAAACUGUUACGCGAACUUUAAAACCGGCGGGUGGUUAUGAAACGAUUAAAUCUGAAGUUGAAACUGAAGAUUUAGACAACGAUUGCGUCGUUAUGUUCCAAAAAAAAUAUUAUUGGAUUAUGUAUCCGAUUUUGGCGCUUUUAUUGCCGAUUAAUGCGCCGGCUGAGUAUUGGGGCGAAGGAUUAAUAAAUAGCUUUAUUAUUAUUGGGGUUAUUAGAUACUUAAUUGGUUGCCAUUUGAGUUCGUUCAUCGAAACUAGCGCUAAAUUAAAUAUUUGUGAACCUAUUGAAAAGAAUAAUGAUAAAGCGUUAUUAAACAUUAUUGAGAAUCAUAAAUGGGCUACAUAUCACUAUUUAGCACCUUGGGAUUACCAAAGUGGCGAAUUUGGUUAUUAUGGAAACGAUAUUUUUUCGAAAUGUAUCAGGGUUUGUGAAAAUUUCGGUUUAGCAGAAGGUUUAAAAACAUUAGACCGAAAAACCAUCGGUCAAGCUUUACAAAUCGCCAAAGAAACCAAUAAACCAGUCGCCGAGUGUUUAAUGGAUUCGCAAUUCAUCGAUGUUAAACAUUCACAAUUUAGGCGAUCUCAUUAGAAAAAAUUUCACUCUUGCUUUAUCGAAUGGGGAAUAAUAAAAAUAUUUCAUAGAAAA